AUGCAUCUUUCCGCAGUGGCGCGCUGCGCUCCGUCUAGCGGUACACUCAGCAACCGCCUAGCGCAUUUGGUGCAACGUGUCGAGGAGCACAUUGCAUCACGAGGCACCGCUGCGACGGUCCGUGAUGACGGUCUCUGGGAGCAGGUGCUGGCCACUGCGCACUGUGCCCGCGCGUUGAAGGAGACGGACACGACUUUGGCCAUUGUAUUUCGACUUCUACGCUGCGGCUGCUACCCUUCACGCAGCGCUGUAUGGCCGGGGCUCAUUCGUGACUUGGCGCCGUAUAGCGAUAUUGAGGCCAACGCCGUUCUCUCCUACCCGGGCGUGCCAGAAGGGCCCGAGAGCCAAAGUGAGGCCGGUCCCUGGCGGUGUGCGAGAGUGCCAGAAGAUAUUCUUGCGGCGGGGCGUGAGUCGGAGGUGGCGGAUAUGCCCCCACUGCUGCGUCCUACGCGUGAAACGUUGCUAAUGACGGGUGGCGUUGUGCCUUUAAGCGCGCGAAUACCGUGCAGUGAUGGCGGAGCACUCAGCGUUUUGCUCGAGUCGUUUUGCAGUGUGUGUGAGGCUUCACAUGGUGGCGACGGUGACGGUGAGAUGACUGUUAAUUUUUUGCAGGAUGUGACGGCUGCUGUUGUGUCUGCACUGCAGCCUAUCACCGCGACGAUUGUUCUGACGGAGUCGAGUCCACUGGCGAGGGCACUGGUGAGAUUUUUUCGACUGCUUUUUAACUUCUCCGCUCGGCAGUCGGGAGGGCAGCUGCAUCUUGCGGAGAACUUUGCGAAGGGGCUGACAAAAUUGUUACCGGAGAACGCCCUUGGAGGGAGAAUGGUGUUGCUGUUUCUUGCCGAACAUCACGCAGAGUACGGUGACGAAAUGGUGCACAUCCCGCUGGUCCGCAUCGCUGCGGGGGCCAUUUGGCGGCAAUACGAGAAGCAUGAAAGAUUUUUUUGUCUUCGACAACUACAACAUGUCAACGACGCGGUGGAUGUCACGCUGCAGCGGAACGCAAACAAUGGAAAUCCACUCGCGCUGGAUGACUCGGACGAGGCGGCACUUCGGUUGUUGCUAUCUCUUGCGUUGCUUCGGGCCAUGCGUGUGGAGGCUGUAUCCCCUGAUGUUUUCUUACGCGAUGCCGUUGACAUUGUGGAUCGUUCUCCCAUGACGCUUUCUAUAGAGUACGAGCUGAUUGUAGCCAAGGUGGAGCUGCUGGAUUUGUUCCUGGACGACGAGUCCAGCUCCAAUGCCAUUUAUGAUGAUCUGCUACAUUCUUUGCGUGCCAUUGUGGAGCUUCGCCCGCGAGACGGCGUGGACGGCGACACAUCUGCCGUCCCUGACGCGACGCACAACUCAAUUAAAGAGGAUGAGGAGGAAGUGAGGGAGUUAGCACGCCAACACUUUCAAGAAGCUCAUCGGCUUGUUUUGACGGUCUUUGCCCGUUCCCAAUUGGAUGAGCGUCUCAACCAGGCGUACACUGUCCUGGUCACGCACAAGUAUCAUGGCCUUGUGAUCACCAGGGACGUGGCGAAUCCGCUUUUAGAUGCCCUCAGCCGUCGUGGAGAUUGCCGUGUUUUCAACAUUGUUGAUUUGUGUGUUUUAUAUAGCGGGAGCCACAUUGACUACGACACCCUCACGUACCUUUUUAGAGCUUGUCGUGUGGCCGGUGACUUUUACCGCGCCCGCACUCUUUACCAGUUACUACGAGAAAUGAUACCGGGGUUUCUACUGCGGGCACCGGAGGCUAUCAAGGACGCCUUGCAGGAGCUGAAGAUACUGCAACCAGAACCGGCUCAUUUAUUUCCUGCAUCUUUGGCGGUAGAUGGCGAUGAGGCGGCUGCGGCUGUGAAUUAUGAGGGCGUCGUGGAUGAUGAGGCGUUGACCGUACGCCAACGGGGACCUAUUCGAGAGUUGCCGACAAAACGUACCCACACGCCUUCUUGA